UGUGAAUAUGCAAAGGGGAAGAAGAUGUAUAGGAUAGUUUACAUUUCCACGCACGUGCCGCUAGUUUCUAAUUAAAUUCUCUCAAUAAAGUAUUUGAAAUAUAAAAUAAAUAUGAAAAAGAAGACACCAAAUAAGCCUGUAGAGUCCGACAGUGAUUCCAGUUUUGACGCAGAUGAACCAAAAACAAUAGAAGAACAGGAAGACGUGGAUUCAAGCGUCGAAAAUGAACUUCCAACUACCAGCAAUGCCAAAAAGACAACAACAUCUAAAUCAACUAAAGCUAACACCAAUGAGGACAGUGACAGCAGUGAAGAUGAAGAUGCAGACAUGGGCGAAGACGAGGAUGAGGACGGGAGUAAAAAUAAAUCUACGCAGGGCGAAAACAAUGAAUCGGACAAAGGCAGUGACGGUGAUGAUGACAAUAACGAUGAUGAUGGUGACGAGAAGAGCGAUGAUGAAGACGCCGAACCAGAGGUUCGCAUGCCCGUUAUCAAUCCUUUGGCGUUUAUGAAGAACAAAGAUCAACGUAUGGCACUGUUUAAAAAAAUGAAAAAGGAGAAACACAAACAAAAAAUGCAAGAAAGACGUGCACGUCGGAAAGCUGGCUUACCUGCAAAUCCCGGGCAUACAAUAGAAAGUUUGCGUGAAAAAGAUCAGACAACAGUAGCUAACUUGAAUGAUUCCGAUAAUGAAGAGCUACGUAGAGAACUACAAAUGGACGACUUCAGUUCUUACUUUGAACGUAGUUACGAGCCAAAAGUGUUGAUUACUUUUGCCGAUAAUCCCGUAACGAAAACUCGUAAGUUUGGACUUGAAUUAAGUCGUAUAUUUCCAAAUGCGUUAGUAAAAAUACGAAAUAGAUCGUCGGUUAAAAAUAUAUGUAAAAGUGCUAUUCGCGAAGAAUACACAGAUGUAGUAAUUGUUAACGAAGAUCGCCGUAAACCAAAUGGAUUACUUGUAAUACAUCUUCCCAACGGUCCUACGGCACAUUUUAAAUUGUCCAAUGUUCAACUAACAUCAGAUAUCAAGCGUGAUCAUAAAGAGAUAACAAAACAUCGACCUGAAGUAAUACUGACAAACUUUACUACAAGACUCGGUCUAACCGUCGGUCGUAUGCUAGGUGCACUUUUCCACCACGAUCCUGAGUUUAAAGGGCGACGUGCAGUCACUUUCCACAAUCAACGUGAUUACAUAUUUUUCCGUCACCACCGUUAUGAAUUCACAAAAGAGGGCAAAAGGGUAAACUUACGUGAGAUGGGACCACGAUUCACAUUGAAAUUACGUUCAUUACAGGAAGGUUUGUUCGACAGUAAAACAGGUGAUUAUUCUUGGAUAAUUACAAACAAACGGCACGCUAUGGAGGCUUCUCGUCGUCGUUUCUUCUUGUAAAAUUUUUUUUUAACAGUUAAAAUUUUGUUGAAAAAAUAUUUAAAUAAAUGUAUAAAAUGUAAA